AUGUCACUGGAAGAUAUUGAAAUGGCUGUCGAAAAAGCAAUUAAAACAGUUAAAUCAGAAAUACUCUAUCACCAAGGACAAGUCCUUGCAGGUGAUGAGUAUACUCAUAAAUUAAUCCACAUAUAUACCAACAUUGAAAAUAUGGGUAAAUUUUCACUAUAUAUAACGUUAACCUGCUUCUUUGCAUCAAAAUAUGUAGCAGAUAGAUGCUUAGAACAAUUACAAUUAAAUCAUAAAAAGGAACUAUUUGAUUUUAUCAAUAAUUUAAAGGACAUAACGCAAUUGGGGGGCUUUUGUGAAAUGUUAUUUGAAAUGGUCGCAUAUACGAUAAUUCGUCAAGGAGGGGACUUUCAAGUACGUGAAUUCACAGAUGAUGGUACAGGAUCUGAAUCUAUUCAUAAGUUUGAUUUUCUAGAAGAAAAUUUUUUUGAUAAUAUCAGGGAGAUACAAGGACAAGUAAAAUAUUUCCGACCAACUUCGAAGAUUUUUGAAAGCAUAGAUAGUUAUGCUCAUACAAAUAAUCUAUUUCAAGUUACCGUUUCCAGGAAGCAUAGUAUAAAGCAAGAUGGAUUGAGAGCGAUAAAGGAUAUCUUGGAUGAAAAUUUUGAUGUCCGUAUUUACUUUAUCUUACCAAGAGAAAUAUUUAGAACAUUCAAAAGAAAAUAG